AUGUCUGGCCUUCUUGGAGCAGCCUAUGACUCGAGCGAAGAUGAGAAAGCUCCGUCGCAACCUACACCGGCGCUGCCAAAGCCCGUAAAUGCGGCGCCAGAUGUAUCAACAGAGGUUUGGUCUUCAUACUCCAGACGGUGCGCGGGUCAGCCUAACAAUGCACAGAAUACCUCUCAAGUGCAGAUAAUCCUCUCAAACCCGUCCAGCACCGCCCUCACUUAUAAUGUCACCUACGAUAAUCUUACCCGCCCCUCUCAAGGCCCGACAAAUCCAUUCAAAAGUACCACUGGAAAUGCGUUGAAGCGCAAGAACGUUCUUACCGGAAACGCAGAGGAGACGACCAUGUCUGAGGCUACAUUCAAAACUCAACAUCGUACCUUUCAAAGUCUCGGUUAUACGAAGGAUCCUAGUGUCGAGGGGGCAUAUGUAGGGAACCAAUCCUCCGUCGCAAAGUACGGUGGGAAAGAUGUUGUUCAGCUACGCCAUUCCAAGGAAGACAGCGCCGCCAUUCGGGCCAAGAGACAAAAGAAGGGAAAUAGUAGUAUUGUCGAUGGCGAAGGAGCAUACUUAGGUCCAUGGGCAAAAUAUCAAAGCGACGACUACGCCUAUGAACAAGCCGAAGCCGCUGUCGACCAAGAACUUGCCUCUGACGAAGAAUGGGUAGAAGAGGGUAUUGUUCCGACACCGCUGCCUGCGCCUCCGAAAGAAGCUACAGGGUAUGCAGACGACUCGAGUGCUACCGAAAGUACCGAGUUCCAUGGCGCGGCAGAAUUCGACUAUCAAGGUCGAACUUAUAUGCACGUUCCUCAGGACUUGGAUAUCGACCUCCGGAAAGAACCGGGAUCGAUACAGAAUUACGUGCCUAAAAAACUUAUCCACGUUUACAAGCUCCAUACCAAACCCAUCACAUCUCUACGCUUCAUUCCCGGAUCCUCACAUCUACUCUUGUCCUCUUCUGCCGACUCCAAGCUUGCCCUAUGGGAUGCACACCACGAUCGCACUCUUCUCCGCACAUUCUCAGGUCACAACAAAGCCAUCACGGAUACGGAUUUCCACCCAACCGGCAAGUCAUUCCUAUCGGCUUCUUACGAUCGCCAGAUGAAGCUUUGGGAUACGGAGACUGGAAAAUGCAUAUCUCGUUUCACCACUGGCAAGACACCGCAUACCCUGAGAUUCCACCCAGAAGGCAACGAGUUCAUUGCUGGAAUGAACGAUAAGAAGAUUGUGCAAUUCGACACGCGCUCCGGCGAGUUGACGCAAGAAUACGAUCAUCAUCUAGGACCCAUCAAUACACUUACCUUUGUAGACGAAGGACGAAGAUUCAUCUCGACCUCGGACGACAAAAGUCUUCGCGCCUGGGAAUACGGAAUUCCCGUCCCCAUCAAAUUUAUCGCCGAUCCCUCGAUGUACGCACUCGUCCGUUCCGCUCCGCAUCCGUCGGGCAAGUACGUCGCAUUCCAAAGUGCUGAUAACCAAAUCGUCGUGUAUGCCUCGGGCGAUAAAUUCCGACAGAACCGCAAGAAGGGAUUCCGCGGCAUGAACACCAGUGGUUACGCGAUCGAUGUGGCUAUUAGUCCGGACGGCGGAAUCAUCGCGAGCGGUGACACGGGAGGGUACGUGUGUUUCUGGGACUGGAAGACAGGCAAAAUGUGGCAUAAGAUUCAAGCUGGUGGAGAGGGGACUGGGGCCGUCACAUGCGUCGCAUGGCAUCAGCAGGAAAGCAGCAAAGUCGCGACAGGCGGGUUGGACGGGACUAUUCGGUAUUGGGAUUGA